AUGGAUCUGAUCUCAACAAAACAGGAUUACAGAGAGGUUCCCGGCCGCAGGUACGAGCGUUUCUACGACCACCCUGGUGCUGAGGAGGAGGACACUCUACUACGGACUCAACUUCUCAUCCCCUGCGUCCUCAUCUCCACCCUCGCUCUCCUCGUCUUCCUGCUGCCGGCCGACUCCGGAGAGAAGAUCUCUCUGGGUGUCACCGUGUUGCUCUCUCUGACGCUCUUCAUGCUGCUCGUGGCUGAGAUCAUGACGUCAGACUCGGUUCCUCUGAUCGCUCAGUACUUUGCCACCACCAUGGUGAUCGUGGGUCUGUCUGUCAUCGCCACGGUUCUGGUUUUGCAGUAUCAUCACCACGACCCUGAUGGAGGACACAUGCCACAAAGAUCUGGAAUCUCCUCGUGUUUCCAAGUUGACGUCUUCGUCUUCUACGUGUUGUAUCACUGCAGUCUGUCAGAGAUCAGCUGUUCUUCUCUGGCUUCAGCUCUGAGCUCAAACCCCUCUCAUCUGAGAGAACUGGAUCUGAGCUGGAACAAGCUGUACGUCUCAGGAAUGAAGGAGCUUUGUGGUUUUCUACAGAGUCCAACCUGUCGACUGAAGACUCUGAGGUUGUGGAACUGCAGUCUGUCAGAGAUCAGCUGUUCUUCUCUGGCUUCAGCUCUGAGGUCAAACCCCUCUCAUCUGAGAGAACUGGAUCUGAGUGACAACAAGCUGCAGGACUCAGGAGUGAAGGAGCUGUGUGGUUUUCUACAGAGUCCAACCUGUCGACUGGAGACACUGAGGUCAGAGGUCAUGUUAUAA